UCUUCCUUGGAGUUCUAGAACGAAAGCGAUCUUCAGAGUCACAAACUUGGCUUCCCGCCUAGCCUUUCUCACUGCCGGAAUUCUGACCUUAAAGCCGCUUCUAUCACACCGUCUUAUUUUGCUUCUUCGCCGCAUCAUCGACGGGCCACGGGGACGAGAUUUUCGCCUUUCGGUACACAUCCUUAAACUGUAUUCUCGACAUUCCUUGUUUUGUGAGUUUAAUAUUGAAGAAUUUCAUAGCUAUGGCUUUAUGUUGCUCUUUUUAUAAUCUGUUAAAUGAUGCCAACGUGUGAGAGUGGAGGGAUUGUUAGCUUGUGUUGUGGUUAAGCAAUUCGUGGAGAAUCGUGGUUAGUUUAGGAUUUUAGGAUUUUGCUUUGAUUAGGGUUAGAGGGAGAUAGAGAGAGGGAGGUAGAAGAAUGAAGAGUCGAUCGAAUGGACUGCCGAUGCCAAAUCCGCAGGAUGACUGGGGGGAUGGUUCAUGGACUGUGGACUGUGUGUGCGGGGUGAAUUUUGACGAUGGAGAGGAGAUGGUGAAUUGUGAUGACUGUGGGGUGUGGGUGCAUACGCGGUGUGUGCGAUAUGUCAAGAGUGAGAAGCUGUUUGCUUGUGAUAAGUGUAAGAAUAAGAACAGUAGAAAUGAUAGUGAGGAAACUGAAGUUGCACAGCUCCUGGUGGAAUUGCCUACUAAGACAUUGAAUAUGGAGAAUCCAUUCAAUCCGAGCUUUCCUUCACAAAGGCCCUUCAGGCUCUGGACUGAGUUGCCCAUGGAGGAAAGGGUCCACGUGCAAGGGGUUCCAGGAGGUGAUCCGGCUUUAUUUGCUGGGAUCUCAUCGAUUUUUAGCCCUCAACUGUGGAAAUGUACUGGAUAUGUGCCCAAAAAGUUUAAUUUUCAGUAUAGGGAGUUCCCCUGUUGGGACACUGAAAAUAAUGUGGGAGAUGACAAGCAACGUGGUGGAAAUAAUGAAACUACUACUGAUAAUGGUGCUGGUGUUCUACUCUCCUUAUCAAAGGAAAGUAACUUGCUGGCACCUGUGUCUAACUCAGUUGCUGUAAAAAGUGAUGCCAAGUGUGAUGUAUCAUCUUCAAAACAGACAAAAAGAUUGGAUGGUUCCGAUUCAGAUGGUAUCAAGUUGCAUACCAAUGUGAAGAAGGAUGCCAGUUCAGUACAUCGCAUUACGAUACACUCUGGAAAGCGUAAGAAAGAAGAAUUUGGGAUAUCCAAAGAUCAUGGGGGGAAGAUGAGAAAGAAGGCCCAAAUUGUUGAAAAAGAGGGAGAUUUUAAGAAGAAAGACCCGCAUCUCAGGACAGCUUGCAAAAUUUUAAAUGGCGAGAAAGAAAUGCAAUUGGAAGGGGCUUUACCCAAUGAUCGCUUGGCAGAAGGUCCUCAAAGGUUGGAUACUGAUUGUGGUUAUUACAAAGGCACUUCAAAUUCAAGCGACCAGCAUUCAAAAAUGUCAUCGUUUGAUGCAUCUAAACAAAACUCCUCUAGUGAAACACUUCUACAAGAGCAGAAUCUAAACCAAGCUGCUUCAAAGGUUCAGAAUUUGCAAAGGGAAAAAGAUGGAAUGGCAGCAUCAAUCCUAGAUCCCAGCCAAUCUGCCAAUUUACCUAUAAAAGAGGAGGAUGGUGCUGGUGGUAGAGAGGCUUCGACAAUUAGUGCGAAGAUUGAAUUGCAAAAGUCAGAGUCUGGUACAACAGCCACAGUAAGUGAUGAUCUUGAAGUUAAGAGUCUUCAAAAUUGUCGUGAUUUGACUGGUGACAAUGUGACUUGCUCUUCAGUGCCUGAAACUGAAGCAAAAGCAGAUGAUGUUCAUGGAGACUUUGAUAUUCAAUCUUCAUCUCCAUGUGAUGCAAUGUUAGAAAGAACAAGAUCCUUGCCCCAUCAUGCAGACACAUCUAAUAUUCUCGUGUAUGAAAGUGUUAAGGUAAAUGAUGCACCUGUAGUUAAUACUGAAGGUAGGGACCAUAAAUCACAGGAUGUUGACAGUAGUAACACAAUUCUUGGAAAUAAUAAAAUGAAGAAUGCUGAUGGGUUAUCUCGUGAUCUUUUUCAAUCUAAUCAAGAAUCAACAAUAUCUGAAGAUACUGAGAGAGCAAAGAAUAGCUCAUCAGGGCUUAAACAUGGUACAAAACCUGCUGAAGAUGUGGCUAAACCCAGUUCAACAACCAUUAGUACAGCAACAGCUCCGAGUCAGCGUAAAGUGAUAGUGACUAUGGGGAAAUCCUCUUCGACCUCAUCGACUUCUUUGGUUCCAAAACCGUCUGCUUCUGAGAGCUGUGUAUCAUCUAAUGCUCAUAAUCAUGAUAUUAAUAGUAUGCAGAGGGGAAAGUCUGACAAUAAUCUUAGCAGUAAAAUGGAGGCUACCUCAUUUAAUGUUGCUAGGGAUGAAGAGGGGCAUGAAAAUCCUAAGAAAGUGGUAAAAGAGCUUCCAAAGUCUUCUGUUGGAUCUGCAUCAAAAGCCCAAGUGACCAAGAUCACAUAUGCUUCAUCUUCUAAGAGAACCUUGUCUGAUUCAAAGGAUUCCAUCCCUCAUUCAUCUCAUAGGACCAUUUCAGUGAGAAAUGUGUCUGCUAAUUCAGGCUCUGGUGAAUCUUCUAGUUCGUUGCAAAGUGAAGGGGCAUCAAGUGUUCAGAAUAAACCCUCAGGUACAAUUUUACACCAAAAGGGCGAUAAGGUAAACCAGUCUGGAAGCCAACCUUCAGUAAAAGUUAGUGCGACUCUGAUGCACCCUCCGACAUUGUCAUCCUCUCCAGCUGCGCUGAGUGAUGAAGAGCUUGCUUUACUCUUGCAUCAACAACUCAAUAGCUCUCCUAGAGUUCCUCGGGUGCCACGGAUGCGUCAUGCUGGUAGUUUACCGACUUUAACUUCCCCGGCAGCUACGAGUACGCUAAUGAAGCGAACAUCUAGUGGAGGAGUAAAAGACCAUGGUUUGACAUCUAGAAGAAGAAAGGAUUCAGGUAAAGAUGGUUCCAUCAGUUCUAGGGAGGGGGUUGAUGAAGCUAAGAAGAGGGAAGGAUUAACUUCUCCUGAUUAUAGAAGAGAAGAUACCCAUGCCAAGCGAGAAGCAGAAAUUGGAUCUUCAAAAAGUGUGCUCUCUUUGAAGAAGACUAGCCCUUCAUCCACUGCAGCUGGGAGUAAUGGUUGUCCUUCCUCGCAUGAAGCAAAAGAACAGAAGUUGUCUUCUCGCAAUUCACAGCGAAGUACUGUUGGUGAUGAUGCUAGAGUGACUGGGCGCCCUUCACAUCGUACUUUACCAGCUUUGAUUGCUGAGAUUAUGAGCAAAGGUGAACGCAUGACAUAUGAAGAACUCUGCAAUGCCGUUCUGCCGCACUGGCCUCACUUGAGGAAACACAAUGGAGAGCGUUACGCAUACUCAAGUCACUCUCAGGCUGUUCUUGAUUGCCUUCGAAAUCGAAGUGAAUGGGCAUGCCUUGUUGAUCGUGGUCCCAAGACAAGCACAAGUAGAAAGAGGCGCAAACUCGAUAACGAUUCUCAUAGUAAUGAGUUGGAGGAUAAUGAAGAUGGAAGUGGGAGGGACAGGAGUGGCAAAGACGUAAGCAGCAGCAAGUCUUUGGAGUCACCCCAGGAAGAGUACCCUAAGCGAAAGAGGAACAUACGGAAGCGGAGGCGUCUGGCUCUACGAGGAAGAGGUAUCAAGGAUGUUAGGAGAAGACAUCGGGCCGGGGUAGUGAGUGAUGAUGAGGAUGAUGAAACUGCGUCACUUUCAAAUUCUAGCGAUGACAGCAUGUUCAGUGAAGAUGAUAUGGAAGGCGCUACCUCUCCAGCUACAAAAGAGGCAUCUGGUAGUUCAGAUGACAGAACAAUGUCCUAAUCUAGUACUAGUAAUAGUUUUGUCUGUUCUCAGUUUCAUAAUGUAGAAUGAGGAGUAAUUAGCAGAUUCUUUAGUUUGUAUAUCCAUCCCUGUAGCAAUUGUGUGUUUUGGUAAAAUGUUGUUGGGCAAAAUGUGCCUUUAUGUCACUGCUUAUGCUCCAAAUGUAACAUAUUAGCUACUAAAUUCUAAUCCCUAAUCAACAUCAAAAUAUCUCUAUUA